AUGAUUGUCCACCACCUCAACACGGCGCAUAGAGCUAUCUCCCCUGUCAUCCUCGCCUCCUGGAUCGUCUAUGUGCUCAUUCUCAUGGCUAUGAAAAUUGGCCACGGCGGCACCCUCAACCCAAUCCGGCGCUUCGCCUCGCCAAGCCUCCUCAUCUUCCUUGUGUGCCGGUUGAUUGUGAACCUCCGCCCAGCUACCUCCAUCCCGAGCACCUGGCUCUACGAGCUAUACAGCGCGAGCAUCAUGAUAUACGUGUUCACCAUGUUCUCCUUUAUCCUCUACAUGUGCGUCCUCAUGGGGGUGCAUCACAGCGUGGCGACUACCGCCAAGGCCGGCGAAUUAGGGCUCCGCGCGUGGACCGUUUCCCCGCCCAUAGGGAGGGAGGAUCUAGCCGACAGGCGGCCGCCCGAGCUCGCGCAGGUCGUGGCGUUGGUCUACGAGUUGAUGACGGACGCGGGGAUUGAUCCGGACACGGCGCAUCAGUGGAUGCACACGUGGUGAUUCACAGCGGCUUUAGGUCUCGGGUGGGUGAAUUCAGUGGGGUUGAGGUGCUAUUUGCUGCGUUGGGCGGGGCGGGCCCUGAGGCGGAUUUUGCGGAUGACCCAGGAGGGUGCUCGCCAAGAUGAAGAACAAGGGACGUCUGGGGUUGCUGUUGACGAG